GAUCGAAAUAAUAAAAAAAAAAAAGAAGAAGUUAAUUUAUAGAAUAAGGGGGGUGUAAAAAAAUACAGAAUUUCCAUUUGUUUUUGUUGUUCUAAAUUCUUUCCCUUUUCCUGUGUCGGUAGUUGUUCAUCUGAACAUGAUUGACGCUGUUGAAUCGUAGGGUUUUAGAUACACUUCCAUUGAACUCCUUUAGCUUCUCUCACUCACUUCACCAAACAACCUAAGAAAAAAAAAACAAUAAUGAUCAUCAUAGUACUAUACAAAAACACCUCUUAGAUACAUACUAUACUAUUGUCUUUUCUCUUUCUUCCAGAUCUUCUCAACAAUUGCUCCCUUCAGCUUCAUAUAAUCGGUUCUAGAUGGCAAAACCAAGUUCAUCUGGUAGUAGAACUAGAAGCUUUGUGCAUAUCGUUAUAGUAGUUGGUCUUUGCUGUUUCUUCUACAUAUUAGGCGCAUGGCAAAGAAGUGGUUUUGGAAAGGGAGAUAGCUUAGCAUUGGAGAUCACUAAGAAAAGUGGUGGCUGUGAUAUAGUUCCAAAUUUAAGUUUUGAUUCUCACCAUGGUGGUGAAGUUAGCAAAAUUGAUGAGGUGGAUUCAAAACCUAAGGUAUUUAAACCUUGCAAGGCCCGAUAUAUUGAUUACACGCCCUGCCAUGAUCAACGGCGUGCCAUGACAUUUUCUAGAGAAAAUAUGAUUUAUCGAGAGAGGCAUUGCCCCCGCGAGGAAGAGAAGUUACACUGUUUGAUACCAGCACCUAAAGGGUAUGUAACUCCGUUUCCAUGGCCAAAGAGCCGUGAUUAUGUUCCGUAUGCAAAUGCACCCUACAAGAGUCUUACCGUUGAGAAGGCUAUUCAGAACUGGAUCCAGUAUGAGGGAAAUGUGUUUAGAUUCCCUGGUGGUGGAACCCAAUUCCCUCAAGGGGCUGACAAGUAUAUUGAUCAAAUUGCUUCUGUGAUACCGAUAGAGAAUGGAACAGUCAGGACAGCACUGGACACUGGUUGUGGGGUUGCCAGUUGGGGUGCAUAUCUUUGGAGCAGAAAUGUUAUUGCCAUGUCAUUUGCACCGAGGGACUCUCAUGAAGCACAAGUACAAUUUGCACUUGAAAGGGGUGUACCUGCUGUCAUUGGUGUCCUGGGAACAAUAAGAUUGCCUUAUCCAUCUGCAGCCUUUGACAUGGCGCAUUGUUCUCGUUGCUUAAUUCCUUGGGGAUCAAAUGGUGGAAUUUAUAUGAUGGAAGUUGACCGAGUUCUAAGACCUGGUGGUUAUUGGGUGCUUUCGGGACCUCCAAUCCAUUGGAAGGUUAAUUACAAAGCCUGGCAAAGACCUAAGGAGGAUCUUGAGGAAGAACAAAGAAAGAUUGAAGAGGUAGCUAAGCUCCUUUGCUGGGAGAAGAAGUCCGAGAAACAUGAAAUUGCCAUCUGGCAAAAAACGGUUGACACUGAAACAUGUCGAAGCAGACAAGAAAGUUCUGGUGCAAAAUUCUGUGAAUCAACAGAUGCUGAUGAUGUUUGGUAUAAGAAAAUGGAGGCAUGUGUUACUCCUAAUUCUAAAGUAUCCGGUGAUCUUAAGCCUUUUCCACAGAGACUAUAUGCUGUUCCUCCUAAAAUUGCCAGUGGUUCUGUUCCCGGAGUUUCAGCUGAGACAUACCAAGAUGACAACAAAAAGUGGAAAAAACAUGUCAGUGCUUACAAGAAAAUAAAUAGACUCCUGGAUUCUGGAAGGUAUCGCAAUAUCAUGGAUAUGAAUGCUGGUUUGGGUAGUUUUGCUGCUGCUAUUCAAUCUCCUAAGUUAUGGGUCAUGAAUGUCGUGCCUACCAUAGCACAGAAACAUACACUGGGUGCCAUAUAUCAGCGAGGACUUAUAGGCAUUUAUCACGAUUGGUGCGAAGCUUUCUCCACCUAUCCAAGGACAUACGACCUCAUUCAUAGCAAUGGUCUCUUUAGUCUGUACAAGGACAAAUGUAACAUAGAAGACAUUCUUCUGGAGAUGGACCGGAUUUUACGACCAGAAGGUGCCGUAAUAUUCCGUGAUGAAGUCGAUAUCUUAAUCAAGGUAAAGAAAAUUGUUGGAGGAAUGAGAUGGGAUACUAAAUUGGUUGACCAUGAGGAUGGUCCACUUGUUCCGGAAAAGAUACUAAUUGCUGUUAAGCAGUAUUGGGUUGCUGAUACAAAUGCUACAUCAACACAGUAACUACUCAAAAGGAAAAUUGGAGGGAUUGACCUUAGGUUGCUGGUGCCUUUCACAAUACAAUCCUUAUAGAGUUCAUAUGGUCUUGUGAUAUGAGCAGUUUGGCUUGAUUAUCAUCACAUCUAUGGUACAAGGAGGGAUGAUCUAUGUAGCACCAACAUUUCAGAUUGAAAGAGUGUCUAAUGUCCGACAUCUGCACAUGCCGUUAUAUUUAACGGUGUCUACGUGUCAGUGUCAUGUCCCGUGUAGUGUGUCUGUGUUAGUGCUUUAUAGGGGCUGAUAAGUUAUGGUCAAUUGUCCCUUAGUUUGAGGUUAAUGGUAUUAGGCUCUUUUUUUUUCUCUCUAAGAAUUUAGUUAUCUUGUUAUAGGGAGCAAACACUGGUUUUUUAAGUUGAAGCCUCUCUACUGAUCCCAUUGUACUGGCUUAUUUUGUUAUACUGUAUGGUUAUUUAUAUAUAUCUUCCUUGCUAGAAUUCCCUCA